AUGAUUGACAAUACUUAUGGGUAUGAGAGGAUGUAUUUUAUGAAUGGGUUUUUAUGGUAUAAUCAGAUUAAAAUGUACCCAGAAGAUGAAAAGCACACCGCUUUCAGAACACCACUAGGGGUGUACUAUUAUACAGUAAUGCCCUUCGGACUAAAGAAUGCUGGUGCAACCUAUCAGCGUGCGAUGAACACAAUUUUCUAUGAAUAUCUACUUAAAAAGAUAGAGUGUUACAUGGAUGAUAUUGAGGUGAAGAGCCAAAACAAAGAUGCUCUAGCCUUGCUGGUAACUUCAUUGGCAUUGCCGCCAAAAGUAGAGAUGAUGAUAUUCGUCAUGAGUCGUGAAUUGUAUCACCCCAAGCUACCUUUAGAAGAUUGCUCAAACGAAACAACAGCGGAGAUUGCCUUUGCGACUUCAAUUGAGCUCGAACCAAGAGAUUGGUGGUUCCCGUAUAUUGACUAUGUCUUGUACGGGAUACUGCCCGAUGAUUCUAAGGAAAUGGCCAUCGUAAAAUGGAUGGCCCUUCGAUUCUAUUAUGAUGUAGUUUCUCAAACCUUGUACUAA